GGCAGCGGAGCGAAUUGGAACUUCAAUUUACCCGUCAGCGGAACGCCAGGGAUACAAGGCAACCAGCAGCGCAGCAUAGGAACGAUGGGAACGUUUGCACAGAGUCUGAGCGGUUCCCAACCUGCUACGCCUUUGGAUCUAUCAGAUUUCCCUUCGCUUUCCGGAGCUCCACCGCAAUCGCAAACCCAAAACCCGAGUCAUCUAGUAUGGGCAAACGCUAGCCAACGUGCGAUGCAGCAGACCCCCGUCCAAAGGCCGCAGCAUGCUACGUCCCAAGCACCCUCACGAGCCCCGCAAACACAAACCCAUCACCCUCAACAGCCAUCACAACCUUCUCAUGACGACGUGUUCCCUUCGGGCGCACAGUUUGCGAAUCGCUUGGAUGAUUUUAGAAAUGGCGGGCAGGGGAUUAGCGGUCAAUUAGGUGCUGGGGGGCAACCGCAGACCGGCAAUAUCGAAGAAUUCCCCCCACUCGGGCGUAAUGUCCCCACGGACCUCGGUCAGGAUCGGAGAGGAUCAUUGAUGCAAAGUGCAGGGCUUGGCAAUUACACUGGUGGCCUUCCGUUCACGGGUGUGAGCCAAGCUCAGUCUGCCCAAGCUCGCAGCAUGGUCGCCGCGUCGGUAAACGGGCAAGAGCGGAUAAUGUCGCCUGCCAAUGCAGGAUCAGGAGGCAUUGAAACGUCGCGAUCGCCGGUGAAUCAGGGGUCUAGCAGAGCUCCGGGGCAAGAAAAGGAGGAAUUGAAUAACAGCGUAAUAUCGAAUCCGAGUGUCUACAGCGAACAACACCUUAUGCGACCGCCGGGGUUUCCCACCACUGGGAAGGAAGCUUCAGGGGCUGCGCCUAGUACUGAUCAAUUACCAUUCGCCGAGAUGAGCGAGCUCGACAAGUUCGGGCUUGCAGGCUUGUUGCGGAUGAUCCAUAGCGAUAAUGCCGAUGUUUCUAGUCUCGCGGUAGGGCAGGAUCUGAUGACAUUAGGCCUAGACUUGAACCAACCGGAACCUCUACAUACAUCCUUCGCCUCCCCGUUUGUUGCGUCCAUGUCGGGUGUUCCUCUGGAGCAGGACUUCGCUCUUCCGUCGUGCUACAGUGUUGCCAAUGUCCAGCCUCUUCAGUCGCGAAUUCCAAGCUUCAGCGAUGAGACAUUGUUCUACAUUUUCUACAGCAUGCCUAGGGAUAUACUGCAGGAAGUCGUUGCGGAAGAACUGAUGGGGCGGAAGUGGAGGUACCACAAGAUCGAACGGUGCUGGCUUACCCGCGACGAGACGUAUCCCGGCCCGGUUGAUGUCGAGCGCGGCGUGAGUGAGAGGGGCGUCUAUCUUUUGUGGGACCCCGCCAGCUGGAAGAAGGUCCGACGCGAGUUCAUCCUUCGGUACGAGGAUCUGGACAACCGAAUGGAUCCUAACCGGGGUCUUGCGCGGGUUGGAUUUCCGCAUGGUUCAUGAAUAUCUGAGAAAGAUAGGGCUGGAUCAGCAUGGCGUUAGGUUCACUGCCAGUUACCAGAUGAUUGUUCAGGUGCUGUACUACCGAGCAACAGGUGUUUCUCUAGGCUUAGUGGUUGGUCCGGGACAGGACAUUUAUCGAAAUCAAAUGACUUCAAUGAC